AUGACACAAGCUAAGCCUGCCCCUGGUGGUAAGAGGAACUGGAGCAGUGGUGGGACUGCCGCUGGAAGGAAGAACAAGGAAAGAGGAGAUGACAAAGCAAAAGGGCCCAGGGUUGCUGGUUGGAAUAAGGGCGACAAGAAGAAAGAAGACAGAGGGCGCCAAGUAAGCGCGGAAUCUACCAGGCGAUGGAGUGAGGGAGUGCCCCGGGUUGGUAUGAAGAGGGCUGUGUCUGGGUUUGACAGGAGGAAAAGGAAGAUCGAUGAUGACUCGUGGGAUGAUGGUGGUGGUGGUAGUGGCAAGAAUGUUUCGCCUUCCAAAUCAAAUUUUACCAGAAAGACUGCUUCCACGAUAAGCUGUCGAAAUGAUUCUCCUGGAAAAGUUAACAGAUUGAAGUCUCAAAGUUUGCAUGAGGAUGACUACCGUUCAGGGAAAAGGAGUACCAGCAAAGUUUCUGAUAUUAGUAGAGGGGUCAAGAGUAAACUUGGGAACUCAGUAGCAUCCAAAGCGAAGAAGUUUGAUGCAACCAAAGAAGUCAGGCGUACAAAGAAGGGUGGUGCUAAAGAAGUUGAUUUGGAUGAGGAAGCUGCUGAUAGCAAGAAGUCAGAUGACUCGGGUCUUAUUACUGAAGAAGAGAAGCCUCGCCCUCGUCUUACACGAGUACUGGACCGGACUGGGAAGAAAAUAAAGCCUGCUAAGAAGGUUGUAGUUCCUGACACUGAGGAACCUGCUCCUCCUAAGAAGAGAAAGCGAAUGAAGCUAGAUCCUUAUGACACUUCGAACAAACGGAUUGAAGAUUCUCCUAUCCAGGAUGUUUCCAGUGCAGAGAAGGUUCUCGUGAAUUGUACACCUGAAGAAGAGACUGAAAUGUCAAUAAAUGCAAAAUUUCGUGCUAUACAGCCAAGUUCCUCAAUCCUUUCAUAUGUGGAAGAUAAUUUACUAGGUCGGAGGCGGUUAAAUGAGAUAAAAAAUGCUGGCUACAAUGUCAAGAUUUCUGCUCCAUUCGAUAAUGUUCCCUUCUCAACCAGCACAGAACGUGAACGCAUAGAAGAAAGUGCGUUCAGAAAUAAGCUGGAAUUCUUUGCCGCUGCAAAGAUCUCUUCAUCAUUCCCCACUCCAACGCUCCCAGAGAUAGCAUUCGCAGGUGUAUCAAAUGUUGGUAAAUCCUCACUCCUAAAUUCACUUACAAGGCAGUGGGGUGUUGUGCGAACAUCAGAUAAGCCUGGACUUACUCAGACAAUAAAUUUCUUUCGACUCGCAUCAAAGUUGUGUCUUGUUGAUUUACCUGGAUAUGGUUUUGCUUAUGCAAAGGAUGAAGUUAAGGAGUCGUGGGAGGAGCUUGUGAAAGAAUAUGUUUCGACCAGAGUUGGCCUAGAAAGAGUGUGCCUUCUUGUGCACACUAAACGAGGAAUGAAACCGUUGGACUAUGAGCUUGUAGAAUUAAUGGAAAGGCACAAGACGCCAUACCAGAUUGUACUGACAAAGACUGAUUUAGUUUUCCCAAUAGAUGUUGCUCGCCGUGCCAUGGAAAUCCAAGAGAGCCUGAAGAGGAACAAGUCAGUGGUAAACCCAGUGAUGAUGGUGAGCUCUAAAACAGGAGCUGGCAUACACAACCUGAGAGGCGUGCUUGGAAAAUUAGCUCGCUUCAUCAAACCGUAG